UGUCUCAAUGCCUUGUGUCACUCAUCUUAAGAGUACAUGCUUGAGUUAACAGACUAAAACAGAUGUAGAUAAACACACUUUUGAAGUUGUGUUGGGUCAUCUAAAACACCAGCUAGAGUAAUGAACAUACUUAACCAGCAGCAGUUCUUCUGGAAGGAAUCUGAAAGAACCAGCUUAGCAUUUAGUGAUAGGAUUCUUUCUGUCUCUGAGGGUUUUAGUUCAGUAGUGAUGUAUAGUAGCCUACAUAUUUCUCAUAUUUUACUUAAUAGUGUUCAGUUUUCUAAAGUCUGUCAUUCCCUGUAGACACAUUCACUGCACACAUUUCCUUUAAUGUCUUUUUCUCACACUCCAUUUUACAUUAUCCUGUUGUUGUCUUGGUUAUUUGAACUCUUGUCAUUUGCUCCAUUGAUGCAAGUUCUUUUCUAAACCUCCCGUCAAAGAAAUAAUCAGACAACAGCGUUCUCCUCUGUCAGUACUUAUUUCAAUCUCAGUUUCUAUAUAAAGAUAAGAUCAAGAUUUUGGAAUUUUUUAGUUGAUGAAGUUAUAUAGAUAAAAAAUGAUAUGAAGCUCCUUCCAAACCAACAGAUGCACUUCUAAGAUGUAAUGAGAUGUCUUAUGUCUGAAAGCAGUGAAACAGGCUGGAAACUGCAAAUUCAUCAUUCAUUCAUAAGAAAUUGAAUGCAGUACGAGCGUACAGGAGGUGGAUGUUUUUAGACAGAUAAAAAAUGUUGAUUGAUGAUAGAUAAAAGAGAAGCCAGGGUGGUUGUUGCUUAAUAGAUAAGAAUCUGGACUGUUGGUGCAAAGGUUUCAGGUACAGAUCUCAGUAAAGAUUUACGGAGAUAACCGUUCCAUCACCAUUGUGUCCUGCAGCACUGAACUGCUGCUGAUCCUCACACGGACCUACUAUUAGUGCACUUAAAGUCUGAAACUGCUACAUGAUUAUAAGACAGUUUUUAAGUUUUCACACCCCAACCUCUAAAAUCUCACGGCCUGGUUUCACAGACAGGGUUUAGAUUAAACCAAGAUUGCCUAAAGGAUAUUUAAGUAAAUUUUUAAAAUGUUCUUUAAAAAAAAAAAACAAUACUGGUGAGCAUCUUGAGAAAAAACAAUGACACUGACAUAUUUUAAGAUAUAUAUCGGUGCAAGUUACUUUCAGGUAAGACAGCUCAAACAUGCAUUUUAGCAUUUUGGGGCUAGGCUUAAGCCUUAUCUGUGAAACCGUGCACAAAUGUUGUGGCUCACUAGAGCAUCAUGGAAAAUAUCCACCUAUAGGUUCUUGUAAAUAUGCAAAGAAUCACUGAAAUGUAUUUUAUAUAUUAUUAUUAAUUUAACGUCUGAAUGUGACAUUGAAUAUGUGACUGUGAGGUUGAAUUUGGGCUUUUAAGCCACAAAAUACAGAUACUUUCUAGCCAGUGAUUGUAAGUUUGUUGUGUUGAUGGAAAUAAUUUAAUACAUUUAUUCCUGCAGGUAUAUGUUGCGCACUGUACAUUUGUGCAAAUAGAUGGAAUUUACCUCUGUCUGUAAACUUCAGAGGUUGGACGGUCUUUGGUGCACCCCAUUUGUUUCACUUUGUCAUUGUGUCAGAACACAGUGUUCCUGAACAUUCAUACUGUAAGCUGGACUGCAGACAAAACCCACGCACACACACAAAUAUGAACACAGACAUUAUCUUACAUCAAGGAAAUAAAUUCAAAGGUGUGUGAAUGUGAGUUAUGCUUAGGUUUUUGUUAGUUUGUGUGUGGGGGGGUGGGGGCGGCAGGUAUGCAUGGAAGGUGUGUGUUGUAUGUGUCUGUGUGUGCAUGUGUAGCGGUUGCAGUCUGACAAGUUUUAAAUCACUCACACAGACUAAACUGCACAGAUUUCCACACACAGGCCUGACUGAGGAAGAGGAUCUCACCAUGUCCAGUGGUAAAACAUGCACAAACACAAACAAUAAAACAUACAUUUUUGACGAAAUACACUCUAACAGAGGUUUUCUGUGACUGUAGAUGUUAACAGGCAGGCUGUGCUCCAGGCGACGAAAGUUCGAACCCAUUUGAAAAAAGAUGGAAGUUGGAUUCACAGAUCUGAAGAGGUUCUGGACACUCAGUCAGAUGUAAAAUGUAAACCAGUAAAGCUGGUAAAGCCAAAGAAUGAGUCAUCACCUGAGAGCAGUCCGGUCUCUUCCUCCAUUAUGCCAUGUUCACAGAGUGGCGCUGCCUCCUCCAGCCUGGACUCGUCCACAACCCCUCAAAGCUCUUAUGUCAUGUCAGCCUUAAGGAAGUUUGAGCCUGUGAGCUCAACAGAAAACACACCAACCAAGAGUGGGUCCCAUAUGGCCAAAAGUUCAUAUCCUGUCCUUGAGGACUCCAAGAGAGCACAUGUAGAGGAUGUAGUGGAGAAAUUAACAGUCAAACCUGUAGAAGAACCACCUGCAGAUUCUCCUGUAAAGGAUGUAGCAGAGAACCCUGUAGUCAAACCUGCAGAGGAACCAUUGAAAACACCUGCAGGUGCUUCUGUAAAGGAUGUAGUGGAGAAACCAGUGGUUAAACCUGCAGAGGUACCAUUGAAAACACCUGCAGGUGCUUCUGUAAAGGAUGUAGUGGAGAAACCAGUGGUCAAACCUGCAGAGGAACCAUUGAAAACACCUGCAGAUGCUCCUGUAAAGGAUGUAGUGGAGAAACCAGUGGUCAAACCUGCAGAGGAACCAUUGAAAACACCUGCAGGUGCUUCUGUAAAGGAUGUAGUAGAGAAACCAGUGGUCAAACCUGCAGAGGAACCAUUGAAAACACCUGCAGGUGCUUCUGUAAAGGAUGUAGUGGAGAAACCAGUGGUUAAACCUGCAGAGGUACCAUUGAAAACACCUGCAGGUGCUUCUGUAAAGGAUGUAGUGGAGAAACCAGUGGUCAAACCUGCAGAGGAACCAUUGAAAACACCUGCAGGUGCUUCUGUAAAGGAUGUAGUGGAGAAACCAGUGGUCAAACCUGCAGAGGAACCACUGAAAACACCUGCAGUUGCUCCUGUAAAGGAUGUAGUGGAGAAACCAGUGGUCAGACCUGCAGAGGUACCAUUGAAAAAACCUGCAGGUGCUUCUGUAAAGGAUGUAGUGGAGAAACCAAUGGUCAAACCUGCAAAUGAACCACUGAAGACACAUGCAGACACUCCUAAAAUGGACCUAGUGGAGACACCUAUAAUCAAACCUGUAGGAGAACCAUUGAAAACACCUGCAGAUUCUCCUGUAAAGGAUGCAGUGGAAAAAACUUUAGACAAACCUGGAGAAGAACCAUUGAAGACACGUGCAGAUGCUCCUAAAAAGGACCUAGUGGAGAAACCUAUAGUCAAACUUGUAGAAGAACCAUUGAAAACACCUGCAGAUUCUCCUGUAAAGGAUGUAGUGGAGAAACCUAUAGUCAAAUUUGUAGAAGAACCAUUGAAGACACCUGCAGACACUCCUGUAAAGGUAACAGGGAAGACAACAGUAGAAAGAGUUUCAACAGAUCAAAGACAAUCCAGUGGCGCACUGCAGGAGAAAACAGCCCAAACUCUACAUGAGAAUCCAUCAAAACCUUCAGGUGCUCUGACAACAGAGAACAAAGAAGACAAUCCAGUGGAACAACUCACAACAGCACAUGCACCUGUAGUAGAGACUCUACUCAAACCCAGACAAGCAGAAAACCAGCCUACAAGUAAUCAUGGGGAGCUUUCACUAAUAUCUGCUCUGAAAACUCCAACUACAGAGUCAUCAGAUGGAGCAACUUCAGAACAAACAGAAGAGCCUCUUGUGGAAGCCCCAGCAGAGCACCACAGACUAAACAGUGAAGCUGGAUUGAAUGUGAAAGGUAAAACCGUGUGUUCCUUCUGCAAGCUGCCCUUAAAUGGAAAUGUGAACAUUUCCAUCAACAUUCCUGACAUCUGCUGCCAUCCGGAUUGUUUCAAGUGUAAUGGCUGCAGCAGUCCUCUGGGUGAUCUCUCCUCAUCUAUGUACCACUAUUGUGGGAAAGUCCUCUGCGAGAGAUGCUUUGAUCAAAUCUUCCAGCUCUGAUGAUUCAUCCCCACAGCAAGCUACUCGACAACAACUUGUCACCAUGACAACAAACCACAUCUCAGAGUCUGCCACCAAGUUUGCUUUAAUUCAGCACUAAUUUAAAAUAAUCAUUAUCAGUGGAGGAUCUGCUGUCAUAGGUUUAGUGCACAUGAAUAAAACACCAUUUUCUGUAAAUGAUCAUUGCUGUGUGUGCAUGUCUUUAUAUAUAUAUAUAUAUAUAUAUAUAUAUAUAUAAUAUAUACACUAUAUUGCCAAAUGUUUUGGGACACCUGCCUUUAUGUGCACAUGAACUUUAAUGAUAUCCCAUUCUUAAUCCGUAGGGUUUAAUAUGAAGUUUGAAGUUGGCCCACCCUUUGCAGCUAUAACAGCUUCAACUCUUCUAGGAAGGCUUAUCACAAGGUUUAGGAGUGUGUUUAUGGGAAUUUUUGACCAUUCUUCUAGAAUGCAUUUGUGAGGUCAGGCAGUGAUGUUGGCAAGAAGGCCUGGCUCACAGUCUCCGCUCUAAUUCAUCCCAAAGGUGUUCUAUCCGGUUGAGGUCAGGACUCUGUGCAGGCCAGUCAAGUUCCUCCACACCAAACUCACUCAUCCAUGUCUUUAUGGACCUUUCUUUGUGCACUGGUGCGCAGUCAUGUUGGAAUAGGAAGGGGCCAUCCCCAAACUGUUCCCACAGAGUUGGGAGCAUGAAAUUGUCCAAAACGUCUUGGUAUGCUGAAGCAUUAAGAGUUCCUUUCACUGGAACUAAGGGGCCAAGCCCAACCCCUGAAAAACAACCCAACACCAUAAUCCCCCCUCCAGCAAACUUUACACUUGACACAAUGCAGUCAGGCAAGUACCGUUCUCCUUGCAACUGCCAAACCCAGACUCGUCCAUCGGAUUUCCAGACAGAGAAGCGUGAUUCGUCACUCCAGAGAACACGUCUCCACUGCUCUAGAGUCCAGUGCUUUACACCACUACAUCCGACGCCUCGUGAUGUAAGGCUUGGAUGCAGCUGCUCGGCCAUGGAAACCCAAUCCAUGAAGCUCUCUAUGCACUGUUCUUGAGCUAAUCUGAAGGCCACAUGAAGUUUGGAGGUCUGUAGCUAUUGACUCUGCAGAAAAUUGGCGACUUCUGCGCAUUGUGCGCGUCAGCAUGUGCUGACCCUGCUCUGUGAUUUUACGUGGCCUACCACUUCGUGGCUGAGUUGCUGUUGUUCCCAAUUGCUUCCACUUUGUUAUGAUACCACUAACAGUUGACCGUGGAAUAUUUAGUAGUGAGGAAAUUUUACAAAUGCACUUAUUGCACAGGUAGCAACCUAUCACGGUACCACGCUUGAAUUCACUGAGCUCCUGAGAGCGACCUAUUCUUUCACAAAUGUUUGUAGAAGCAGUCUGCAUGCCUAGGUGCUUAAUUUUAUACAACUGUGGCCAUGGAAGUGAUUGGAACACCUGCAUUCAAUGAUUUGGAGGGGUGUCCCAAUACUUUUGGCAAAUAGUGUAUAUAUAUAUAUAUAUAUAUAUAAUUUCCACUACUUAAUAAAGUAUCUUUCCCUUUCUGAUCAACAUGUUCCUCAUCUUUUUUUUUUUAACAAUUCAGUUUCAAUUGUAUUUUAAUAUCCUCUUUAAAUGUGAUCUGUAGCUGUAAGCAGAAUUGACAACACUGAUCAUCAACUUUCAUUAAAGUUUAUUGCAUGAGUUUCUAUGAAGUCAACACACAAUUUUAUAUAAAUUCGCUUUAGUUUGCAUAAUUUUUAUUAAUCAUUUACAGUUAUCCAUCUACUGUAGAAAUAUUUUUAGUUUUCUAAAAUGAGCCAGAACAAUAAUAAAAAAAACAUUAGUUCCUUUGAUCGAGCACCAUCAUUGAACAGGUUCAGCAUAUUGCCACAGUUAGUCACAAUAUACAACAAAUACACUCACAAACUUAAAAUCACACGCAGGAGGUGACACUGACACUAAGAGUGUCUGUAAAUACUGAAUUCAAAUUGACACAGAAAGCUGCUCACUACAGCUCUGUUUCUCUAUGUGUGUCUCAGAAUAUAAACCAUCUAACUGAGGAAACAACAAGUCAAACUCUCUCAAAAAGAUGAAACAUGAGAGAGAGAAAGAGAAGCUAAAAUCCUAGCAAACCACAAGGCAUUAAUAUGACCAUGAAGCACAAUGAAUACAAUCAUUAAAAUGAAUAAAUGGCCGUGAGAGAAAGGAGAGCGGUAUAAUGUGUGUGUGACAAAGACACAGAGAGAGGAGACAAAUGAAGAAAUACAGAAGCUAGAUUCCACUCCUCCAGAGAUCUACAGCACAGUAGUUUGUGGUUUUAUGUGUAAAGCUUCAGUGAUUUUUUUUUCUUUUCAUUAAUCGGUGUUCUUUAAUGUAGUUUGUACUUAUUUGCCUCAUGAAACUAGUGGUUUGUGUGUGUUUGUGCUCUGUAUGAUAGAACUCUGCAGGGGCUUCAUGGAACUCUCUUGCGUUUCCUCACAGGCCACAGUGAUGACACUGAU